AUGCUUCUUGAGCGAGUCCACUCAAGAAGAGACUUAGUUGCACCAAUCACUGUUCUUCACAGCUCGCUCCCAGCUCCCCAGGCAGACUCGCUCAAUGACCCGGAUCAGAUAAAUGAAGAGAAGCGCCACUCCCAGGGCACAUUCACCAGUGACUACAGCAAGUAUCUGGACGCCAGGCGUGCCCAGGAUUUUGUGGAAUGGUUGAUGACCAGCAAGAGGACCAAUAAUAACAUUGCCAAACGUCAUGAUGAAUUUGAGAGACACUCUGAAGGGACCUUUACCAGUGAUUUCAGUUCUUAUUUGGAAGGCAAAGCUGCCAAGGAAUUCAUUGCUUGGCUCGUGAAAGGCCUAGAAAGGCAAGACCUCCCAGAAGCCAUUCCUGAAGCGCUCCGCCGCAGACAUGCCGAAGGCUCUUUCUCUGAUGAGAUGAACACAGUUCUUGAUAAUCUUGCCACCCAGGACUUUAUAAACUGGCUGCUGCAAAACAAAUAUACCGACAGGUGA